UUUGAUAAAAGACCCGAAAGAAAGUCUCGGAGGUAGUUCUAUCUUCUACUUCUUCCUGUGUUCUCUGUCACAGCGAGUUCAAUUAUCAUUCAUGCACUGAUAGAUUCAGAGUAGAGAUAGAUAUGGCUUAUUAUUACUUUGAUGAUAAGUCUCGACUAAAUUCCUUUUUUACCUUUUUCUUUCUAUUGUUAUUACUAUUUAUCAACCCUUCUUCAGUUCUCUCCAAGUCUCCUCGCCCGAUUACUGAUGUUGAGGUCAGGCAAAUUAAGAAUGAGUGCUAUGCUGAUAUAGAGAGUGGGCUGUGGGGUCAACAAUGCAAAACUUCGAUGACAGCAAAGGAGAAUUGCGCUUUGAAGUGUCUUUCUCCAAUUUGUUAUGAGCUUAUAUAUGAGAGUGAUCCGCUUGAAGAAGGAGAGAAAGAUUUCACAAGAAGUCAAGAGUACAAGUACUGUAUGUAUAAGAAAUCAAUGGGAGAGUCCCUGGAGGGUAUUAAGGGAGCCUUUGACAUGUAGUUGGGUCUGUUCUGUAACAUCUGCUAUCAUUGCUUCCUCUCCAUAAAAAAGCACCCAAAACAAAGAACGGAGAAAGAAAAGUAGACUAAUCUGCAUAUCAAUUGUUUUCUCAGAGAAAAUCCAUGUGAAUACCUGUGUUCGUGUUACAAGACACUAUCUUCCUCUCCUUCAAUCCUUUAAUUGGUGUUGCCGAAACAUAUUCCAGGUUACUUCUGUAAUGGAUAAUCCCACCACAACUCCUGUAUAAUUCUGCUCUUUUUCUAGUUUUUCAUGAUGGUUUAAUAGUUAUGUUACUUGAAGUUCAUUACAGAAAUGCUUUCAACUUAAGGCAAUUUUGCUAUUCUAAAGAAUAUUAGCAGCCAACCAUAGAUGGGAGGCUACCUUUUGUAAUUUAUCACUUCCAAGACCAAAAGGAGUAGCAAAACUAUGUAAGCAUUCUUCCAAAUUCUGACA